CCUUAUUCUCCUCGUGUAGGCCUGUGGUCGCGUGACACUCUUUAUUCACCAUGAAUCCGCAAAUAUCAAACCUUGCAAUCAUCCUCGUGAUGAUGCAGGUGUCGAAAAAGAUCCCAUUUGACAAACCUGAGGUCCUUCUCGGUGUACGAACGAUGUACAUUGCCUCUAAUAUUAUAAUCGCGGCCCUCUACCUCUACGUUUACAGCCAGAUCAACAAAAAGAAGGAUCUCAAGACCUUGAAAUAUGUUGAACCCGCGCCUAUGGGCUCUGGAGAAGAACCCCGUCCCGUCGUCACCACGGUGCAGGACUAUGACAAACAACAGCUCCGCUCUCAGUUCAGAUCCCAACUCAUGGGUGUUGGUAUGAUGUGCGUUAUGCACCUUUACUUCAAGUAUACAAAUCCACUCGUCAUCCAGUCGAUCCUACCUCUCAAGGGUGCUUUGGAGGCCAACCUUGUGAAAAUCCACGUGUUCGGACAGCCGGCGAAGGGUAAUCUGGAAAGGCCGUGGAAGGCGGCCGGAGGUCUAAUGGGUAUGGGCCAGGGCGAGGUUAAGAGUGAUAAGGCGAGUGUUGAGAACGCCGAGAAGUCCUGGAGAGGUGGCGCCAAAGAUGAAUAAAUCAUCUUUAGGAUUUGUAUUUUGAUUUACUUUCUUCUUGAGGAGUUGCACGGGUUCUAGGCGAUGCCGUGAUUCAUCGAUUUCUCCAAAUAGACCUGGAGAUAGAGUUAGAUAUCAAAACCUAACAGAGCGUUCUCGCUGAGAGAG